ACUACUUCUCACAUCACACCUCUCAACAUAUUAUCCUGUCACAAUACCGCAAAGAUGGGUGAACCAGCAUCGCAGUUCAAGGUUGCAGACAUCAACCUCGCGGCCUUUGGCCGACGCGAGAUUGAGCUGGCCGAGCAGGAAAUGCCUGGCCUUGUCCAGACCCGCGAGAAGUACGCCGCUGAGCAGCCCCUCAAGGGCGCUCGCAUCGCCGGUUGCUUGCACAUGACCAUCCAGACUGCCGUCCUUAUCGAGACGCUCAAGGCACUCGGUGCAGAGCUGACCUGGACCUCGUGCAACAUCUUCUCCACCCAGGACCACGCCGCUGCCGCCAUUGCCGCCAGUGGCACCCCAGUGUUCGCAUGGAAGGGCGAGACCGAGGAGGAGUACCAAUGGUGCUUGGAGCAGCAGCUGAAGGCUUUCCCAUCGGGCAAGCCUCUCAACCUGAUUCUCGACGAUGGUGGUGAUCUCACUGCUCUCGUGCACACCAAGUACCCAGAGAUGCUCGAGGGCUGCUACGGUAUCUCGGAGGAGACUACCACUGGUGUCCACCACCUGUACAAGAUGCUCAAGAACAAAGGCAAGGGCAAUGGCCUUCUUGCACCAUCCAUCAACGUCAACGACUCCGUCACCAAGAGCAAGUUUGACAACCUGUACGGCUGCAGAGAGUCUCUCGUCGAUGGCAUCAAGCGUGCCACCGAUGUCAUGAUUGCUGGCAAGAUUGCUGUCGUCGCUGGAUUCGGUGACGUUGGCAAGGGUUGUGCGCAGGCUCUGCACUCCAUGGGAGCUCGUGUGCUCGUCACUGAGAUUGAUCCGAUCAACGCACUUCAGGCAGCCAUGGCUGGCUACCAAGUCGUCACCAUGGAGGACGCUGCUCCUAUCUCUCAGAUUUUCGUUACCACCACUGGAUGCCGCGACAUCAUCACUGGUAAGCACUUCGAAGUCAUGCGUGAGGACGCAAUUGUCUGCAACAUUGGUCACUUCGACAUCGAGAUCGACGUUGCGUGGUUGAAGAAGACGGCCAAGGAAGUCGUCAGCAUCAAGCCUCAAGUCGACCGUUUCCUCAUGCCAAACGGCCGCCACAUCAUUCUCCUUGCAGAGGGUCGUCUGGUCAACUUGGGUUGUGCCACCGGUCACAGCUCUUUCGUCAUGUCCUGCUCCUUCACCAACCAGGUCCUUGCACAGAUCAUGCUGUACAAGGCUGGCGACAGAGAGUUCGCGACCAAGUACGUCGAGUUUGCACGUGCCAUUGAGGGCGAGGCAGACGGCCCAGUCAAGAUCCAAGAGGAGGGACAAGUCAAGUCGAGUGUGCCACGCAUGCCAAUUGGUGUGUACGUGCUGCCGAAGAUUCUGGAUGAGCAGGUCGCUCUCCUCCAUCUGGACCACGUCAACGCGAAGCUCACCAAGAUGACCGAGGUACAGGCAGAGUACAUGUCUCUGCCGAUCGAGGGACCUUUCAAGACGGACAUGUACCGCUACUAGAGAGCGUGCACGAUGAGGAUUUAAUGAUGUUUAUGAGCGAUGUUUCAACACUUGUUUCGGACUGCAGAGAUACCACUACUCGGGGGGAAAGGGGUUGUCUUUCAACAGGGCAUUCAGAGGCCAAAAAAAGUAUUGCAAGGCGCUUGGGCGUUCAACAAAGAAAGAUUUAGCCAGCAACUAGAAGCUGUCUCACCGGGCCUCACUUCAACUACGAGGCCGGGCGUUGGCUGGAUUUGAUAGAGUCUUCAUAUACCCAUGGAGACCUGUGCCCGCCACAAGCUGUAACAACAACAAUACAAAGAAAGAUUUGUGUUUUCG